AUGGGCUCUAACUAUAAGCGGACACCGCUGACCCUAUGGUCUAACAAUGUGAGAGGACUAAACAUCCCCGAAAAGAGGUCCCAACUACUUCGCACACUGUGGGCAGAGCGCGCCUCAGUGGCGUUUUUACAGGAAACUCAUUUUCAGGGCGCAGAGGCGCCGACCGUGAGAAACGGGCGUUACCCCACAGGAUUUUAUGCCAAUCACCCAGAUGUGAAGAAGGCCCAAGUAGCAAUCCUACUCUCCAGUACAGUCCCAUUCAUCUGCACGGAGCAGAAGUCAGACCCCGGGGGUAGAUACAUAUUUAUCAAAGGAACAAUUGCACAGACCACCUACACAUUUGCCUGCUUGUACUCCCCUAAUCGACGCCAACACGUCUUCCUAACUAAGACGCUAGCCUUACUAAACAAAUUCAGAGACGGCCUUCUGAUUGUGGCUGGUGACCUCAACACUCCCCUUGACUCUAGAUUGGAUACAUCUAGGGGAGAAACUUCGAUGCCAGGUCACUGCAUACGCUCAACAGGGAGGGCUUUAGCCCAGUGUGGCUUGGCUGACUGCUGGAGAGUGGCAAACCCCGAGGGCAGAAAUUACACCUUCUAUUCGGCUGUACAUCAGCGCUACAACCAAAUUGACUACAUCCUAAUGGCACAAGAGGCCCUAACACUACUCCAACGAGCUAACAUAGGGCUUAUCGCAGACUCUGACCACACCCCCAUUACAGUACAAAUCCAGUCCCCCCCUACAUAA